CUCUCACCAGGGGAAAGAUCAAGUAGGUAGCAACAGGAGAGAGCAUGCGAUGGGGAAUACUGUAUGUUGGCGUGGCAAACUGCAUUUUACUAUGAAGAAAAAAAUGUCUAAGUAUAUCUGUCUCUAUUAGGAGGUCGUGCUCGUGCAGAGGCCUUAGUUGCAUAUGCACUCGUGGAGUCAUCAACUACACUAUAUAUUUAUGCAAUACCCUUUGUCUGGAGAAGUAGCUUGUUCCUCCUUAGGAGCUCUGGGCCAGGCGUGAUUCCAUAGGAUCUUGUUAAGAGUGGAAAAUACCUGCCUACCGAAUCACAAACCCCACAAUGGCUUCUAUUGCAGCCACAAACCUUGUAUGCAAGAAGCACCUCCAACUUAUAGCAUUUCAGUUCGCAUUUAUAGGAAUUGUCUCCUGUGGAAAUGUGCUGAUCUGGCCUACAGAGGCCAGUCACUGGUUAAACAUUAAGAUCAUUAUACAGGAACUGAUAAAACGAGAUCACAAUGUCACCAUCCUUGUGUCGAAUGCUUCUCUUUUUAUCAAACCCAAAGCUGAGUCGGCUGAGAAGUUUGAGAUAUACUCUGUACCCUUUACCAAGAACCACAUUGAAUCCUUGAUCAAAGGAAUAAUAGGAUUGUGGCUGGAUAACAAACCUACUACGUUCACUUUCUGGAGGUUUUAUAAGGAACUGGGAAAGCAGGUCAGGAAAUGGCAUGAUUUAAACAGACAAAUGUGUGAUGGCGUGCUAGGCAAUCAUGACUUCAUGGCACAGCUGAAGAGGAGCAAGUAUGACCUGCUUCUGUCUGACCCAGUGACUCUCUGUGGUGACCUUCUUGCUGUCAAACUGGGAAUUCCCUUUGUGUAUUCUCUGCGGUUCUCACCAGCCUCAACAGUGGAGAGACAUUGUGGAAAGAUGCCCUCCCCGCCUUCGUAUGCACCUGCAGUCUUGUCUGAACUUACUGACAACUUGUCAUUUGGUGAAAGAAUAAAAAACAUAGUGUCUUACUACCUCCAGGACUAUGUUUUUCAAAGCUACUGGGGAGAAUGGGACUUUUACUACAGUAAAAUUCUAGACUACAGUCAUUGGAGGAAUCUGAAGAUAGUGGCUGAGGAACUGGUGGGCAGGGGCCAUAACAUCACAGUGCUGGUCCAUUCAGCAUCCCUUUCUGUCAAUGCAACUUCGACUUCUGCUCUUCAUUUUGAAACCUUCGAAAUCAACUUUACUGCUGGUGAGCUGCAGGCACUGUGGGAGAGAUUCCUCUGGUUUUGGAUCUUUGAGAAAUCUCAGCUCUCCUUCUGGCAGAUGCACAGCACAAUGAGAAACCUUUCUCGGAGCAUUACUACCUUGCACAGACAGAUAUGCAAUGGGGCAGUAAAAAACAGGAAGCUGCUGGAAAAACUGCACUCAUCCCACUAUGACAUCCUCCUCACGGAUCCAGUAAUCCCCUGCGGUGAGCUGUUGGCGGUGAUGCUGAGACUCCCCUUUAUCUUCACCCUACGGUUUUCUCCAGGGUUUGCAUUUGAGAGGCUGUGUGGUCAAGUGCUAGCUCCUCCUUCUUAUGUACCAGCUGCCACUUCCCAGCUACAGGAAAAGAUGUCCUUCCUGGAGAGGACUCAAAACCUAUUGCUUUACUUCAUGCAUGACAUACUGCAGCUCCUGGUUUGGAAGGAAUGGGAUUCGUAUUACAGCCGUGUAUUGGGAAGGCCCACCACACUGUGUGAAACAAUGGGGAAAGCAGAGAUGUGGUUGAUCCGAACAUACUGGGACUUUGAAUUUCCUCGCCCAUACCUGCCCAACUUUGAGUUUGUUGGGGGACUCCACUGCCAGCCUGCGAAGCCAUUACCUGAGGAAAUGGAAGAAUUUGUCCAGAGUUCAGGGGAACAUGGCAUCGUGGUGUUUUCUCUGGGCUCAAUGAUUCACAACCUGACUGAUGAGAAAAAUAACAUGAUUGCUACAGCCCUCAGCCAGCUUCCGCAGAAGGUUCUUUGGAGGUACAAGGGAAAGAAACCAGAAACUUUAGGAACCAACACUAGAAUUUAUGACUGGAUACCCCAAAAUGAUCUGCUUGGCCAUGCCAAGACAAAAGCCUUCAUCACUCACGGUGGAACCAAUGGGAUCUAUGAAGCUAUUUACCAUGGGGUGCCCAUGGUUGGCAUUCCCAUAUUUGCUGACCAGCCUGACAACAUUGCUCACAUGAGGGCCAAGGGGAUGGCAGUUGAGCUGGAUUUUAACACGAUGAAAGCCCAAGACCUAGUUGAUGCAGUGAACAUGGUUGUUAACAACUUCACCUAUAAGGAAAAUGCCAUACGGUUGUCACAGAUUCACCAUGACCAGCUUGUGAAACCUCUGGACCGAGCUGUCUUCUGGAUUGAAUUUGUUAUGAGACACAAAGGAGCAAAGCACUUGAGACCAGCAGCUCACCAGCUCACUUGGUACCAGUACCACUGCCUGGAUGUCCUGGCGUUCUUGCUCACCUGCGCCACAGUGACUCUUUUCAUCGCUGUCAAGUGCUGCUUAUUUUGCUGUAAGAAAUGUGGUAGGAUUGUCAGGAAGAGGAAAACGGAAUAGAUAUGCCCUUCCCGUUGGCUGCUUCAGUCUCUCUUGUAAGUCCCAGAUUCAGCAAGGCACUUACGGAAGCAUGUAAGUCAGUGGGAUCACUCAUGGGUCUGCAGUGAGGCAUGUACUGGUGCACUUGAGGAACUGAGGCCACCUUCUGGUGAAGUGACAUUAGGAAAGCUGCUCGCUUAGCCUAUAUGAUGUUUACAGUAACUUCCUUUUGGUUUGAGUAAAGGCAGAUCCUUAGCUGAGCCACCAAUCAGAAACCCUUUGGUUGAUUACGCAGGGCUUUAUAAUAUAAUGAUUGCUGCUAGAAUUUUUUUACCUUUUUCUGUAUCUUUUUACAAGGAUGAAACCCAAACUCUCCUAUGGCCCUUCAUGCUUGUAUCCAAAUGAAGGGAUCACUGUAGAUUCACCCACCCAGCUAUCCUCAACCUAUCCUGUGCCAAAAUGCAUCUCUAGAUCUGUCCCAGGCAGUGCAGUUCCUGGAAAGACAGGCACUGCCCAGGUAGGGAGUUCAGCUCAGGUGUCUUAGCAGUGGCGACGCGUAGAGGGUGCAUGGGGGUGCCAGUGCACCCCCCCAACAGGCGAUGCUCCCCACUUAGGCGAUGGGUAGGGGGGCAGGCAGGAGUGCUGGUGCCCCCCUGCGAGUGCCAGCCAGGGAGUGGGAGUGCCGCAGCCACUUCUGAGAGUGCCGCGGCCAUGGGGGAACCCGCCCCUGGUCGGCAAGAUUGGCUGCAGAAGGGCUCCCCGCACUGGUCGCUGACUGGUCACUGCGGGGCACAUGCCCCCCCUGACUAAGGUGCCACCAGUCGCCCAUGUAUCUUAAAACAGUGGGGGGGGGGCAACCUUUUGGGCAGGUGUGCUACAAAUGAAGCCCAGGCCCUCCUUGAGUGCCAUUGCAACCCCCUUCUCCUGCCCUAUCUGCUGCUCUGCUCCCUGCUAUCAUUUCCCUGACCUAUCUACCCUGACCAACUGUGCUGUCUGUCCCCUCCCCAGUCUGCUGUGUGCCACACACACACACAGGUUGCCCAUACCACUUGUGCUGCAAGUUGGCUACCUGUAUAAGAUGCCUACUAGAAGGGCCAAGGCUUGGAGAAUGAAUGUGCAGUGAGAUACCUGAGCCUCUAUCCAAGCUUCCAACUUCCCUUUGUCUCCUAAAGUACUGAGCACCCAAGAUCUUUCUCUGUCCUCAGUGGGAGCUGCCCAGGGGACAGCUUUAAUAGACAAAAUACAAUUUACUGAGAGACCUCAGUGAAGAUCUAGGGAUUUCUCGCUAGCUGAAUAGAAACAGGUGCCUCACUGCUGUGGAGUUUGGGCAGCCACUUCCCUUAAAAACUUUGGCAAAUCCCAGCCAAAGAAUGCAGCCCAUUCUGGUAAGCAUUGGCCAUAGCUCCUAGGGUGGGAAUGAAUGAUUUCAAGACUGGCACGGAAGUUCCUAUGACAGCUCCUGUUUUCCUCUACUGUCCCAUUUUCCUCUGAGCUAUGUGCUUCCUUUCUGAGCUGGGUUGCCAUUAUUUUGGUUUUCUGUGAUCUGCAAAAGCUGGACUCGCCCCUGGGGGCCCAGACCUUCUCUCUCUACCCUGACUAACCAGAGUAUUGUCCCCACAGCCAGUUGUAGAGGCAAGUGCUAUUGAGAGACUGCAGAAUUCAGAACUCCCCCAGUGUUGUGGGAUGUUAUCUAGCUUACCCAACCCCUUGAUACUGGUGAACUAGUUGCUAAUACAAAUAUGGGUAGUUUGAUUUCUAGUGGCAGCAGCUUCUCUUCUGAGAAGAUGGGGCUUGAUCCACAGCUGGCAUGAAUCAGCAAGGGGCCAUUAAAGCCAACAGAGCUAUGACUGUUUACACCACCUACAGAGUGGGCCUUUAAAUGGGUUUAGUCCCAAAUCUUCACUAUGGAAGAUUUCCUCUGGGUUCACCUCAAAGCCUUCCCAAAGCACAGUGAAAUUUUACCCUGAUUUUAAUGCCUAGGGAUGAAGGGACUGAUUGAUGGCUGAGGAUUAUUGCUAUGGGAAUUCCCAUUAGGCAUGAACAGGGAGUAGGGUCCCUAGAAAUGGCAGCGUUACCACCACAACCUUCAAACAAAUUAAAGAACAGCAAUUCUUCAUCCAUAGAGUGUCACCACCACAGAGGGCUCAGUAGUAAAAGUAGGCUUUUACUUGCAUAGGAUCUCCUCCAUUUUAACCGACAGAAGCAAGUUCUCAGUCUCCAAGGAAGCCUAUGCAGAGAAAGAUCAAACUGAAGCGCACAAGGGAAGAGGGACUCCAGGCUGGGCUUUCAUAUGAGCUACAAGGGACUUGUGGGGGUGGGGAGUGGUAGGGGGUCUUACCACUGCAGAACUUUAUCUUUCCCUGGGGUCCUACUUUUCCCAUGGGGGGCAGAAAGCUAAUCUGCAGGGCAGAUGACCUUAGCUUGAUGCUCUUUCUGCUCCAUGCCCCAUCUGCCAUUGUGAUGCCUGCCCCUCUCCCUGAUCUGCCAUAUACCAUGCACAGAGGCUGUCUGUGUCACUCGAGCUGCAGAUUGGCCUUCCCUAAAUGCUACUUAGCAGAUGUCUCCAGCCACUUCUAGGUUAGCUAGUCUGCAGUAGAAGGAUCAAAUCACCCACUCUGGCAACUUCCAAAGACUACCAUUAGCUGCAGAAAUUACACUGGAGGACUUUCAAAAUUAUUGCAUUAUUGCUCAAAGUCCCCAGCUCUAUAAAUUGUCAGUUGUUCUGCUAACCACCAUGAAGGCAAGCCAAUUCGCAAAGAUGACAAUCUGGACAGAUCAAGAACUUUGGGUUUUUAGUAUUACGCAGGUGCUACAAUAAGCCACCAUAUAGCUUUUACAAGUGUCUCUAAAUGUGCUUUGAUUUGCAUACUUGUUACAUAGCUCUACUGCAAAUUAGGUCUUGUGGAAGCAAACUUUUAUAUCAGGCCGCAGACCAUGCAGCUACGGAAACAAAGAUACUUAACUUCAUUUGCUCCCUCUCUCACUUUUCAUGGCUUUAAUUGGUUGAGAUGACCAUGACUUGAGAUGCUCAGAUUUUUCCUUUUAAAAACCUUAGAAGUAUGGGGCUGAAAGAUCUGUUCUCAAGCUACAAGCUCAGUGCUUGGCUAAAACUGUGGAACUCAAAUGGCAAACUAGCAGCCAGAGGAGACAUAUGAAGAAAACCACAGUGGCUACACUGGAGCGCACAGAAAUUGGACAAGUCCAAUAGCACUACAGUUCUGUUGUCUAACUUAUUUGGCCCUGUGGGAUGGAUCUGGAGUGCAGGGCAUGUCACCUGGGCCACAGGGCUGGCAGCAGUAGCAACAGCUUGCACUACAGGCAGAUGAUGCAGCUCCAUAAUUUGGAUCCAACCCACAGAACACACUAUGGACCUGGUAAUUCAACGCAGGGCAAGUGGCAAGUAAGGGUAAAAAUUUGGCAGCAGGGCAAGUAAUUUCAGAAGCUCUGGGAUUAAUGGUUAUUAACACUGCCACUACUUAACAUGCUGCUGCGUUUUCAGAUCUGUAGGGAGCUCCAUGGGCCAGUUGAUACUUUGCACCCAAAGGCAGAUGCAUAGCUGCACAAUGAAAACCAUGGAAGACAACACUACAUAUGUACACAUUUCCAAAGCUUUGGCUGUACACUUCUAUGCAAGUAUCAAAAUUAAGCUUCUAGAUCUGACUGGGUGGCAAUUUUGUGCAAAAGUGUCAACAAUGAGAACCUACAAAGAGCCUAGUCACUUAAAGCCCAUUAUCUUUACCCUAGCCCUACAGGAAGAUCUUUGAAUUGGUGCCCAGCCUAAAGGAACAUGAGAAGUUAUAUACAUCAUGCAAUACAAUGUUUAUUGAAUGAACCCCUUUUCCAUGGGCUGAGCUUCUGCUAACCAAAUAUUCAUUGCCUAGUAGAUUAUUCUGAAGUGCUCUGUAAUGAGUGUUUAAUUCCUUGUGAUGGUUUAAUAAAAGUGAUUCCUAUUUUUGAGGGUCAAAGUGAUUGUAUUUAAUGCAUACAGAGGUACACAUUUAUUAUAAAAUGCAAUGGUUAGAUUAAUGCAUUUUAUCACAGGUAUCAAACAAUAUUACAUAAGUUUUCACAGUAACCUUCAGCAUAUGCAGUUCUGCACAGCGCAGAGUUGCGUCUUUGUGUGGUCCCUCAAAGUAUGAUAGUGGGGCUUUGUUACACAACACAGCAAAGAUGGAGGAAUAGAUGGCAGGUUUGGUAGAAGGUUUCUAUAAAUCAGGAGAUAGUGUUAAGAAUUAGUGAAGACAGACUACAGUACUCGCAUCUGAAAGCCAAGCUCCUUCUAUGGAAAUACAUGCAAGAAAGCUUUUCCAGUAAAUUUUGAAGCUGAAGCUGCUUUCCCAUCAUUUACUACUGCAAAUUCAACUGAAAAAUUUGUUCCAUUCAAGAGCUGGAACACAUAGUGGUCUCUGAAAUAUUAUCCUGUUAUCCCUGCUAAAGUAUGCCAAGUAUAGAAAUACAGGUGAGUUUGUACACUUCAGAAUGAGCAUGCCCUUAAAGUUUUUUGGCUCUGGCAACUGUACUACAAGGGACACUGGGGUCUGGACAUCAUACAAGUAAUGCAACAUAGAGGCUGAUACAAUGAAUCAAUAAUGGACAAACAGAUCCCAUACUGAAGGCAUGGUACUUACAGAGCUGUUCUGGUAAAAACUAAAUGCAGAGCUGCCAUCCCUUUUGAUAGUUACUAGUUAGGUAGCCAUUAGAACAAAACAAAAAUAUUCCAAUGAUCCAUGUGCAGCAAAGCUUAUGGGUUGAACUGCAGUAGAACAGGGGGUUGGGAACAUGAGCCUACCCAAGCUCAUCCCCCAUUACAAUUAAUUCUUGUUGCUGUUGUUGUUAUUCAGAAAUUCCCCCCUACUCAAAAGCAAAGUAUUCCUUCCAGGUGGAAGGUACCCUUUUUGAACACAAGCCUGCCCUCAGAAAACUGUUGGAAGCCAAACUAAAAGUUUCAAUAGUUACCAAUUUAUUUUAUAAAAAAAAUGGUAGCAAUGUAGAGUACAGCAAUAUUUUCUGGUUUCACACACGCGAAUUGUGGACAUUCCAAGCAAUGUGUACAUUUUGGAGAGGAGAAAGGCUAGGACAAGAGGUUUGACCAAAAUAUUACUGAACACAGGAAGAUUCUUUUAAAAAGGUUAAAAAUUAGAUAUCAAUAGUGUCUUCUUAAUAUUGCUUUCAUUAUUGAAGACUGGGGGGAAAAAAAAAAACACUUGACUUUACAGAGGUUAAAAAACAAAACAAAACAGAAAAACAAGGCUGCUACAACACUGCCAUACAGUCAAAUCAUACUUCAAUAUUUGCAUACUUGAUAGCAGCAUUUUUUCCAAUGAACCAUGUGAAACUACAUUUAAGAAAACAAAGCAAAAAAAAGAAUAUAUUAUGGCAGUUAUCCAUCAGUAUUAAAAAAAAA